AUGUAUUUGUCUAAACGAAAAAAAGACAUUUUACAAAUUAAAAUUUGUCAAAAGUAUUCUUACGAAACUUAUAUUUCUCUUAAAGGAUUACAAGCAAUAAAUUUGAGAAAAAAAGAACUUGUUAAGUGGUUAAAGGAAGAACAAGUAACAGAAGCUGAAAAAUAUUUUAAAUUAAAUUUUCUUCAUAUUUUUAAUUUAGAAUCAUAUCUGAAAUUGUAUAAAAACAAUUUUAGUCUUAGAGAAGAAACGAUAUUUGGAAAUAAUUUCACCACGAUUAUUUCUGAUGAUGAUUACCGUAAACAGUUGAAUAAUGAAAAAUCUCCUGCUUUUGUUGUUAAAGAAUUUGUGAGAAAACAAUGGGAUCAAAGAAAUAAUUUUGGUAAAUUAAGUUAUUGUAAUGAUGAAAAACAUUAUAGAGAAAAGAUGGGUUGGAGAUUAAAAAGAGUGACAAUUUUAAACUUGAAAAAGAAAAGUGAAACUGAAAUUGAUGUUAUUUUAGAAGAAAAAUUAACAGAUUACAAAUUUUCACCAUCUUCUUUUUCUAAUGUAAAACAAUAA